GCCAUCGAGGAGGGAGGGAGAAGCCGCGACAUAUUCCUCUUUAUUCGUCCAUAUUUACCUUUUUCCUCCUCCGUGGGACUGUUUAAGUAUACCAAUAGAUCUGUGAAGCCCCCGCCGCCAUAAUGAUGAGUCCAGUGCCCGUCCGGAGGAAGCCCAAGGGAAAUAGCAGCCAAAAUAUUAAGGUCUUCGUUAGGGUGAGGCCUAUGAAUGCCCUGGAGCGCGCCAGCAAAUCCUACAACAUCGUGGGGUGCCAGGGCGGCCGGGAGGUGGUGGUCAAGGAGCGGCCCACUGACAAGUUCGCCAAGACAUUCACCUUCGACCAUGUCUUCGGCCCGGACUCCAAGCAGAUUGAUGUGUACAAGGCAGUGGCCAAGAACUCAGUGGAGGAGGUCCUGAGCGGCUUCAACUGCACCAUCUUCGCCUACGGACAGACAGGCACGGGCAAGACCUUCACCAUGGAGGGGGAGCGUGUGCCCGACUCCACCACCUGGGAAGAGGAUCCACUGGCCGGCAUCAUCCCUCGCUGCGUCAACCACUUGUUCGACGAGCUCCGUAUGCAGAAGGUGGAGUUUACCAUGCGUGUGUCCUUCCUUGAGCUCUAUAACGAGGAGCUCUUUGAUCUGCUCUCCGCUCACGAUGAUAUGUCCAAACUCAGACUCUACGAGGACUCCAGCAAGAAGGGGUCGUGCAUCAUUCACGGCCUGGAGGAGGUGCUGGUGAGGUCCAAGUCUGACGUCUACAGCAUCAUGGAGAAGGGGUCCACUAAGAGACAGACGGCCGCCACCCUCAUGAACGCUCACUCCAGCCGCUCGCACACAGUCUUCACCGUUACUGUGCACAUGAAGGAAAACACCAUGGAUGGCGAUGAACUGCUCAAGACCGGGAAGCUGCACCUGGUUGACUUGGCAGGCUCGGAGAACAUCGGGCGGUCGGGUGCGGUGGAUAAGCGUGCUCGGGAGGCAGGCAACAUCAAUAUGAGUCUCCUUACCCUCGGCCGUGUCAUCACUGCCCUGGUGGAGAAGGGCCCGCAUAUACCAUACAGGGAGUCCAAGCUGACGAGGCUACUUCAGGACGCGCUGGGAGGCCGCACCAAGACCUCGGUCAUCGCCACCAUCUCCCCGGCCUCCGUCAACCAGGAGGAGACGCUGUCCACCCUCGACUACGCCCACCGCGCCAAGAAUAUCCAGAACAAGCCGGAAGUCAACCAAAAACUGAACAAACGCGAGCUCAUUGGGAUUGGCCACAUCCGCUCCCUCGAGACUGAGCUGGAGAAGAAAACGGAGCUGUUUUGUCAGGUGAGUCAGGAGCUGGAGACCACAUCCCUGGCACUCUCAGACACGCAGGAGAAGCUGUCCUCCACGCAGAACACCCUCACCUGCACCCAGCGCCUCCUCCACAACACGGCCCAGGAGAGAGAGGAGCAGAGGUUCCUGGUCUCCGUGCACGCCAAGACGGAGGAGAAGCUGCAGAACGAGGGGCGCUCUCUCAUCAACGUGGCCUCCAGCACCUCCUCGGACCUCUCGCGCCUACAUGACAAACUGGACCGCAAGAAGAGCGUGGACAGUAAGAACAUGGAGGUGAUUGGUGAUUUCAAGGGCAAGUUCAUCACCCAGCAGGAGGCACUGAGGGAGGAGCUGUGUGCCUCGCUGACCCGCCACUCCCAGGCCCUCAACGCAGCAACCACACAGCACUGCGAGAGUGUGCGCCUGUGUCGUAGUGACGUUGCCAGCACCAGCACGGCCCUCGCUGCACUGGGGGAGAGGCAGGUCACCCUCACCAACACCACCCUCGGCCUUGUCAAGAAAAUGAUGGAGGUGGUGCUCGGAGGCGUGGAGGGGGCGAGGGAGGAGGCGCGGCAGCACAGCGAGGGCCAGAGGGAGGCGCUGUCGUCCCUGCUGUCCUCCGAGCGGCACAUCCUUGACAGACUGGCCAGCCUCGUGUCGGAGAACGCUGAGGCUAUCGCUACCAUGCACACCGCCCUGGGGAAGAAGCUUGAUGGCCUGGCUGCUGGGUGUGAGGGGCUGCGGCAACACUACAGAACCCUGACAACACAGCUGGUGGAGGAGGUGGACGCCCGUCUCCACGCCCUCCUGGAACACACCUCCGCCCAGAGUGCCUCGUUGGCUGCCCACCUGGAUGACACACAGACGCACACACAGACACUAACAGCGAACAUCGACACACUGAUGGCAACACUGAGCACCAUGAAGGACAGUGUUGCCAGCUAUGCCACCACCAGCACUGGCCGCCUCACCGCCACGCAGCAGGGCCUGGCGGAGCUGCAGGGGGAGGCGCAGGAGGGGGCCGCCAGGGUCACCGCCAUCACCACCCAGGGCCGGGACCAAGGUGCCUCUCUGCUGGACGGAAUGCACACGAAGGUCAAGGAAACGCACACAGAGCUGGACGCCCGAGUGGAGGAGCUUGAGCGAGGCACACAGAGGACCGGAGAGCAGCGUUGCGAGGCGGAGACGGCCCUCGACCACCACACCGCCACUGCCCAACAGGCCCUGGAAGACGCCACAGCUGCACAGGACAGGCACACUCGCACCAUAAAUGAGCAGGCUGCGUCACACCUCGCCGCUGUGGAAGAACGGGUCAAGAGUACCCAGACCAGCGUACAGGAAGAACUCACAACCCAGACUCACACACUGCAAACUAAGGUGCUGGAGUUGCUGGGGAGAGCCGAGCGCACACUGGUGGAGGAGGUGCAGGGGGUGGUCGCAGGCGUGGGGGAGGUGGGGGCCAAUAUGGACGAGAGGCUGGUUGCUCAGGGGGAUAGGGUGCUGGCGCUGCUGACUAAGGACAUGGUCGAGGAUGUCCCCACAGGCCAGACCCCAGUGCGCCGCGAGUACCGUUUCCCCCAGACCCUGCCAGUAACCUCUCCCCACGAGCGGCUGCUGCAGAGGUACCGUUCCAGCACCGCCUCGGCCUCACUCAUCCCCCUGCCCAGCCUGGGGGACGACACAGAGGAUGACCUCAAGGAAAACUCCACUCUCUCGACCUCCUCCUCCUCCUCCGUCUCCUCCCCCCUCACUGGCUCGCUCAACGAUGAGGACUUCCCCGCCCCGGAGGAGGACAAGGGUAACAGUGGCAGCAGGUCACGGUCUGGAUCGGUGUCGUCGCUUAAGGAGCAAGGGUUCAUAGUGCCCCGACCCCCCAUGCAGCGAGAGGACUCUGGGAUCCCCCUCUCCAGGUCCUCCUCCUCCUCCUCCAUCAACGAAGGAAAGGAGAAUGUUCGCACCACCCGCCAGAACACCAGCAACAGCAAGAAGAGGGAGCUUAAGCAGCCUGCCGUGUACAGGUCCGCCAGUGCCGAGAAACUUACCACCAAUAACACCUCAGAGGGACGGCCAAGGAGAAUACUGAGCUCACAGAAUUAAGUGCGUGUGUGUGUGUGUGUGUUGGGGUUUCGGGGUGUAAGUGUGUGUAAGUGUUUGUGAAAGAUUGUAAAUGUGUAUGUGUUGAAAUGUUAAGUGUAUGUGUGUUUAGUGCAUGUAUGUGUGUGUGUAAGUCCAUUAGAAGGCUUGUGUAUGUGUGUGUGUGUGUGUGUUUUAACUAUAAUCUUGACAUAUUUUUUUAUUAUUAGUAUUAUUAUUUCUAGUAGUAUAUAAAUUUCUCUCUUCGUUGCGCUUAUGAAUUGACAAACAGAUUGACCCAAACACCCACACACAUGAAUACAUAAAAAGACCGAUCCAGCGUUUGUUUACUCGCUUAUGAAGACAUUAUCCUUAAUUGGCUUAUUGGACUAGUUAUAGGUUAGGCUAAUUAUUAUAGGUAAAUGAUAUUGCUAUUAUAACCAGGGUAGUUCAUUUUUAAUUUCCCUUUUUUUUUUUUUUUUUUUUUUUUUAAUUAAUAUUCAGCAAGAUAAUUAAUAGGAAGUCUUGUAUAUAUAUAAGAAAGCUAGGUUGGCAUUUUAUUAUUAUUAUUUUUUAACCAGGCUCAUUAAUUUUACCGUGAUUUUUUAUUUAUUUCCAUUCAUUUUGGCUUCGCGGUGCAGUGGUUAGCACACUCGGCUCACAACCGAGAGAGCCCUGGUUCGAUUCCCGGGCGGAGUGGAAAAUUUUGGGCGGCUUUUCCGAUACCCUACGCCCCUGUCCACCCAGCAGUGAAUGGGUACCAGGUAUUAAUCGGGGGUUGUGUCCCGUCUCCUGGGGUCUGUUCCCUUCUCCUAUAAUUCCUUCCCCUUCUGUCUCUCCGGCAUAUGACCACAGAUGUUGCGCCGACUAAACGAAACUUUCCAACAAGAGAAUUAAUAGGAAGUCAUGUAUAUAAUAUAAAAAAAAAACUAGCUUGACAUUUUAUUACUAUUAUUUUCAAACCAGGCUCAUUAAUUUUACUGUUAUUUUUUAUUUAUUUCCUUCUUUUUUUCUCUCCAUUAUUUUAUUUUCUCACCUUGCUUCUAAAGUACGCAAGACAUCAUUUUCCUCGCAUAAUAUCGCAUCAUAAUAUCCUAGUUUUUUUAAGGGCGGCUGAAGAAAACACAAACAUUGUCUUCAGCUGUUAUUUUUAGUAUCUUUUAUUUUUUCUUCUUUGUAACUUUAUAGAAGAAAAAAAACAAGUAUUACCCAUUGCCUUUACUUAUAUUUUCUGUGUGUGUGUAUAUGUGUGUGUGUGUGUGUGUGUGUGUGUGUGUGUGUGUACAACAGCUGUAAACAAUAAACAAACGAAAUGGGGAUAUUUUUAUGUGUAUUUUGCUGAACGUGUCAAUCUUAUUAUACUGUUUGUCUUCCUAA